AGUUCAGUAGUGUCAUUAUUUAGUACCACGCCACGAGGUGUGUAUUGUUAAUCGGUGUAGUGUAAACGUGCGUGCAUUUUUAUCGAAUUUAUAAUUUUGUGUAUUAAAUAAGUGACUCUUACAAACAUUACAUAAUCAAAAAUAACUAAAUUUAUACUAAGUGCUCUACAAUGAUUUGGAGUCCUUUCAUUGAUACAACGAAUUCUUAGAAGUUGGAUUUUAUGAUUUGUAAAAUUGGUCAUAAUGUUGGUCCUGGCAGCACUGUGUGUGUUCGUGGCCCCGACCUUCGCCACGGCCAGCUACUACUGCUCCGUGAACACUUUCAGCGGCAAUUCCUCGGGGAUGCACUUCACCAAGGAGCCGGUCUCACGCGAGUACGGAUUCGAAGACAAGUUCAAGAGCAUUCAUUGUUGCGUCAAAGGCUACAGGAGCAUUGAAUGGUUCAAAGACGGGAUAGCGUACCCGUGGUCUGCGGGGGUGUCCAACCUGAUCCUGUUCCCGGAGGCCGCCAACCAGACCCUGUACACGCACCGCGCCGCCCGCGCCGACUCCGGCCAGUACACCUGCAGGCUCAGCAACGAGACCCACAGCGAGACGCAUUCUGUGCAGCUGGAUAUACUUGACAAACCAAAUGACACGCCACGAACGAUGUUCAUAUCUCCGGACCAGUGGCUGGACGAGGGAGAAGAGUUGAGGUUAUUCUGCGAAGCUCUCGUCGGCAAGUCGUACCUGGCCGAUGCUCGCAGCGACCUACGCUGGCGGAGACUGCUGCCAAACGGCACCGAGGGCGACCUGCUGCCCUCUCACAUCGAGAUCAAGACUCAGCGUGACGACGUAAUAGACAUCCGUGGGGUGUACCUGACAGUGGAGCGAGUCUCGCGCCAGGACUUCGGCACGUACGUGUGCGAGGUUCACAGCAACGACGCCCGCACUACCAGCAACGUCACGGUACACGAUCGAUUCGCUCGUCUGGUGGAUGGGGGCACGGCGUGGCGCGGCGCGGCGCCGGUGGCGUGGCGCGCGCUGGCGCUGGCGCUGGCGGGCGGCGCGCUGCUGCUGGGCUCGCUGGUGGCGCUGCACCGCCGCUGCUCCGCGCGGCUGCUGCUGGCGCUGCGGCAGGCGCGCGCGCGCACCGCCGCGCUCGCGCACCAGGCCAGAGUGCUGGAGAAGGAGUUCGACGUGCUGGUGUGCUACACGAGCGUGGACGCUGAGCUGGUGCGCGGCGCUCUGAUGCCGACGCUGGCGCUCAAGUACAAGUACCGGCUGCAUUCCUUGAUGCUCAACACCGCGCCUGAUAACUGGUACAACGAGAUAACGCGCGAGUGUAACCGGUGCCGCGCUGUGCUGGUGGUGGUGUCACCGACGCAGUACUCCACCACGCAGCUGGUGACGGCGCUGCGGCAGCUGCGGGGGCUGCCGGCGCCGCCGGUGCUGGUGUUGCUGCAGGAUCUACCAAAGCUGAAGCGCGAGGCAAAAGAGAGUGGGUCCUGCCUGGUGGAGCUGCUGCGGGGCUCCCGACUGGUUCCUUGGCGUCACAUGCACGAGCGCGCCUUCUGGACGCAGCUGCGGCUCGAGCUGCCGCUGCCCCUCAUACACGUGAAAUCGAGCGCCUCCGAAACGAUAGAGGAUAAGAGUUUGCGUACAAACAGUUUGACAGCGCUCGUCUGAAGACCGAGGCUUCGACCGGCUAUCGACGCUGUUUGAAGUGAUGGCAGCUGGGUUUUAGUGAUUGGGUGUUUGGAACAUUGACACUGGCAACUAGUGCGUGCAAACAGCUUCGGGGCUACAAAUACAUAUUCCAGAGCCAUAAUUUCAAAAGCACAACGGUCGAAACUAAAAAUAAAGACUGGUAAUAGUGUUAUUAGAUAAGUUUCACUAAAUCACAUAGCCGUGUACGGAGUUAGCUGUAGACAAAAUUAUAUGUCUAAGAUCUCAGUGUCUUCUACUUUCCAGCGCAACUAUAUUUAAUUAUUUCCAUUUCCCUUUCUUGUGCCAAAGGAAAGUAGCGAAUUAUAUUCAUGACAAUGUAUUAUUUAGAUUACAAAGGUACUUCUUCAUUUCUUGUGUUAUGGAUCCAUUGUUCGCCAAAACGAUGAUUUAGGUGGUUCUUGUUUAGCGAGUAGUGACGCUGUCAACUUCUAUGAUAAGUCCUUAUUUAUUCUAUUUAUCUCAUUGACUUGGUCAAUUUGAUUCUUCUAUAAUUGUGAAUUUUAAGUUCAUUUUAUUUUAUUAUGUUUCAGUUACUGAAUAUUCUAAAGUAGUUUUAAGCAUAUAUACUGAUUUUGCUGUCCCUAUCUCAAUCGGACAGAUUAAAAUAAUUUGAGCAACUUAUCUAUUGAAUUCCUUAAAAUUCCUUUGGAAUAUUCUGACUUUAGUCUAUUACUUUAGUUGUUUUUGUACUAUGCGUGUAUGACAUGCCAGUAUUAAUUUGGUAUUAGUGGAUUAGGUAUCUUCUUUUGUAUGUGAAAAUGCAUUCAUGCCAUAUGCACACUGUUUUAUGUACUUUUAUUUCGCGAUUAAGUUUGUACUGAACUGAAGGGAUGUCUCAGGGUCUGUGAUAAUUUAUGGAAGAAUGAAACAAUUAGGUGUUUGAUGUCAAAAUUCUUGUGUGGAGCGUGUGUGCACUCAAAUUUAGAUGAUACUCCAUCUAUAGUAAAUUGUUUAAGUCCCGAUUUCUUUUUUAUAAAAAUGGUUUUGUCUUGAUAUAUUAAACCAUACUUAAGAUAGGUAAUAAUAGACAGUAGGUCCUCUCAAUUAUAUGGUGGGGGUGUAACGCAAUAACUUGAUUCAUUUUAAUUGACGAACAAAUAUUGUUCUAUGUGUUAACUGUCUGUAAAAAUAUGCAGGAAGAGAGUUUCGCUGUUCAUAUUUCACAUCACUAUUGAUUUGAUUUAAAAGUCAUCACAGAGAAAGAUAAAUCUCUCUUGUAUGUAAACUUACAAUAAACGUAUUUUUGUAUCUUCUUAGAUUUAUAUCUGAAUGUUUGGUGUAAAUAUGUUAGUAGGGUAAAAUAUAGUAUUUUUGUGAAAGUGAGUAUUAACAAAUAUGCUAGUAAUUUUGUAGAAUAAUUUCUUACAUUCCGUUAAAUUGAUUUUUCAGUUUUAUUGUGAAUUGUACUUAUGUUCAUCAAAUAUACUUAAAGAAGUAAUUUUUGAAAAUAAAUUACUAAAACUAGA